AUGAUAAGAACACUAUCUGCAGUCACUUGGCUCCAUAAGAUCAUUUUACAGAAACCAAUAAAAUAUUAGUGUCCGAAGUCAGCGAUGAAAUUAAUCAUUGUGUUUGCCACUGUCGUUGCUGGAGCUUUUGCUGUAGGUCCUUUGUCUACCGGGCAAAAUGGUAUGCAGGAAGUGCGACAGGGUCGCAUUGUUGGUGGAAGUGCUGUCAGUAUUUCUUCCUUCCCUUGGGCUGUUUCGUUGCGUAGUUGGGGUGCUCACCGUUGCGGUGCAGCAAUUAUUACUCCAACUAGAAUAUUAACAGCGGCUCAUUGUACCAUUGGCGGAAGCAACACUGGAUUUGAAGUGCGCGCUGGAUCUACUCAACGUGAAAGUGGUGGUCAACUGGUUGCAUCGGAACGCGUCAUUAAUCAUCCACGAUUCAGUUUGUCAACAAUCGAAAAUGAUAUUUGCGUCAUAUGGUUAAGCAGUGCAUUGACAUUGAACCCAGCUGCAGUCGCUGUUAUACCAUUGCACGAUGACGGUUUUGAUCUUCGCGCUGGAACAAUGGUAACUGUUGCUGGCUGGGGAGCAUUAUGCGAAUAUGAAGGGUGUGAGGAAGCGCCAAGUCUGCGUGCUGUAACUUUACCAGUUGUUUCUAAUGCUCUGUGUAACGCCCAUUAUGGUGGUGGUGUUACGGCAGGCAUGUUGUGCGCUGGAUUCGCAGAUGGAGGUCGCGACUCUUGUCAAGGCGAUUCAGGUGGGCCACUAUCGAUGGGAAAUGUUCUAGUGGGUGUUGUAUCGCGAGGUCGUGGCUGUGGUCGUCCCAAUCAACCGGGAAUUUAUGCGCGAGUUGCUUAUUAUAGAAAGUGGAUCGUCGAAACGAUAUGAAAAGAUUUUGGAGUUCGAAAUGCAUGUUACGAUUUUAGCGGGAAA